AUGAGUACCUCUUCGACCGUCACAAACAACAACGCCGACGCUGGCUUCAAGCAAGAGGCAUACCACAACACACCUUCCACUACCACGUACGACACAGACAAGAUCGCCGUCACCGAGCCCCGCGCAUCCAUGAGCACCGUCGGAUCUGCCGACCCUCGCACCCAAGACAUCAGAUCAUGGAAAGCAGGCUUUCAGCGCAUGGCAGAUGAGCGUCUCGAGGCACAACGUUACCAGCUCAGCGAGAAGAAAGACGACGAGAUCAACACCAUCGCCCUGGGCGCAAAAGUCGAGCGCGCACUCGGCAGAAGAAUGACUGGACAAGACGCACAAUUCACUCGCAGAGAGUCAUUGUCUGCUGCACCUGCACAGCUCAAGCAAGAUGCCGUCGAGCUUCCUGAUAAGAGAAGCGUCGAGAUUACUUCAUGA